GCGAGAGUGAUAGCAGCUCACCCCCUCCAGUCCUCGUCACCACAAGUGUCACCUCCAUACUCCUUCCAACCUGUCAGCUACAACGGCUUGUCCAGCUUUUUGUAGAGAUCACCACAAGUGUUUCAACCAUGAUGAACUCAGAGAGAUACAAAACUCCAGUCUCUAAUGGAGCUCGUGUUUCGUAUCGGAUGAUAUCGAAAUUCAAAAGACCCGGUUAAACAUAUCUGAUCUUUGUCUUCAUCGUCGACGGCAGCUCAACCAUGCCGGGUCCCGGUCCUCAUCUAAUGUACGCCAUGUCUACCGGUGUGGCUCUUACCACUCUCACCAAUGGCAGGUUCAGCCCCCAUCACACCUUGAUCUACACCGUUAACUCCUUCUUCGGCCCCGACAUCGGAUCCUUCACCGAAUGGCUCGCCUCCCUUGUCGGCGGUUUUGGCUUCGACUUUGGUUCUGAGCUAGCUGACGCCAUCCACCACCCUUUCUACUACGUCAUCAUUCUCGGCCUCCCUCUUUGUAUUCUCUACUCCUGGCUCUCCAGACUCUUCCUCCUCCAUAAGCUCCUCGAUUCCUUCCCUCCGGUUCCCUUGACAAAGUUGCAAUGCAUCUUGUUGGUGUCAGCUGGUUCUUUCUCACACUUUUUUCUUGAUCACUUGUUUGAGGAAAAUGGGCAUUCUAGUAUGUAUACAUGGGUUCUGAGCACUGGUUGGUGGGAGGGCCGUGCACCUAUAAAUCCAGAUGCUGUUGUUGUUGUCGGCGCUUUAUGCAUUGGCUUACUUGCCGGCUUUAUUUACAUCAACAGAGUUAAGCCUCCUAAGCCUAUUAACAAACAAUCACCAAUUGAAUCAUUGAAACUAAUUAUCAUAAUAGCAAGCCUAUACUGCUUUUGGUGCGCAAGCCAAAUUUACUUGGUUGAUCCUCGUCGGGCAGCAGUUGGUGAAGAAGCUGAUCUUGGGGUCAUUAUGUUUCUCGCCACUUAUUUCUUCUUCCCUCAUUUCCUGUGUAUAUUGUCAAUGCAUACAAGAGGUUAUGAUGGAUUGCAGCUUCCAAAAUAACAGCAUAGUCCUAUUGAUAAAGAGCACAUGCCACUCUUGCAUUCAAGUACAAUCAGAGUAUAAUUUCCCGAGUAAUUACCACAGCGUUGAGUUUUGUUAUGUUGUAGCCUGUUACGUGAUCAUCAGGUAUAUCUCAAAAUCUUCUCUUUCAUAUUUUGUACUGAUAUAUAGUGUUGUAUCUUAGUCAUAGCUUUACUGAUAUCUGAUAUACACUUUGGAACUGAUUAUUGACUAGAGCUGUACCUUG